AUGUUUGUAGCUAGUAAUAGCGAAUGUGCAAGGGUGGCUUAUUUGGAUGUUGGGCAUCCCCCUACUCUGCACAUUUACGGAGUGGAUGACCUUGUCUCUCACGAUGCGUGGCACCAACACAUCAUCAGGCACCAACACUACUCCAAGCACCAGCAACACCAACUCCGAGUCGAGGAAGGAUAUGCGGAUCAUGAGCGUUGGGUAUUCUCGAGCGGGCGCACCACUCGCCGCAUCUGUCUUCUUUCCACCUCUGCUGGUCCAAAAAGAGACCCAAGUCAGAUUGAUCCCCACCACGCUAGCACGCCCACAGGUCCAUCCGAGGCGUCUUUGUUUCCUUACUUGGCGUGA